AUGCUGCCGCGCGGUCUGAAGCCCGGGUCGCGAUUUCUCUGCAUCCAAACGAUCGCGCCCGUCUCGAACGAGGGCGGAGAGCUGCUCAUGUUCCUGCUGAACUUCGAUGACCUCUCAUCGCCGCCCGAGGAGGACGACGACGUUGAGAAGGAGUUUGGACACAUCCUCACCAAAUUCGGCCGGGCGCGUCAGUCGUUCCGCCAGAGCAUCCGCUCGUUCCGGAAGGGCCGCGGGCGGCGAACGAGGCGGCCGAAGAGGAAGCCGAAGCUCUUACUGGGGGCCACGGAACAGCCGCCCGAGUCGCCCCACAUCACGGCGCCAGCGGCCGACGGCGGACCGGCGGCGCCGGACGUCGCGCCGCCCUUCAGCCGUCUGGCCGUGCCCGAGGAAGCGACGCAACCGCGCCCGCUGACGCCAGCCUCGGACAGCGCGCCCGACCUGCGCGUCCACCUGCUGGACGAGCCGCCGCCGGCGUCGCCCCGACUCAGCAGCCAGCGGCUCUCAGAGACGGGCGGGGACAGGCAGUACCACUCCAGCGCAGCCGAGCUGGGUCAGCUGGGCAGCAUGCGGCCCGCCUCCUCGCUGGACCCCAUCUCCUUGCAUCGGGUCAGCCAGCGCCAGGCCCCCUGCCGCAGUGCCACCAUCGGAACCGUGUACCCUUCUGAGAUAGUAUCUGAUGCUCAACGCCCACGAUCGCAUACUGUUGACAAUUUCUGCCAAGCGACACGGAACCACGUGCGGGUGCAGCAGGCCUCGGCCUCCUCCGAGUCGGACCUCAGUCGAUACCGCACCCUGUUCGGCCAGAAACAGUCGCCGUCCAUCAGCAACAUGGCCGAGGCCCGGCUAAAGGACCCAGACGGAUCGGGCAAGCACAAGUUUGAACACCUCAACGCCAAAAACAAGGUUGCACAGGUCGGCAAAGUGGUGAGUACACUUGCAUCGUUCGGCUUGGCACGUGGCUCAGGCUUGCCAGUGCCGCAGCAGACACACGACAUUGUCGCCGAAACACGAUGUCCGUCCUUGCUUCGUGGUCCGACGCGUAAGACUCGCGUCGACAUCGGUGUCCUGUUGACUGAGGUGACGGACUCGACGCACGCCGAGUAA